AUGUCCACCGCCGAGCUCGCCUCUUCCUACGCGGCCCUCAUCCUCGCCGAUGAUGGUGUCGAGAUCACUGCCGACAAGCUCCAAUCCCUCAUCACCGCCGCCAAGGUCCCUGACAUCGAGCCAAUCUGGACCACCCUCUUCGCCAAGGCCCUCGAGGGCAAGGACGUCAAGGAGCUGCUACUGAACGUCGGCUCCGGUGGUGGUGCCGCCCCAGCCGCUGCUGGUGGUGCCCCUGUCGCAGGUGGUGAUGCCGCUGCUGAUGCGCCAGCUGAGGCCGCAAAGGAGGAGGAGAAGGAAGAGUCCGACGAGGACAUGGGCUUCGGUCUUUUCGACUAA